UUGGCACUGGAGCCGUGUCUUACGUCUCCUGUCGAAGUUACUGAUCUCCAGGACGUUUGAGUUUGGUGCAAAAGCAAGAGGUCGCCCUCUGGCUCCUUGCAUGGCAAAAAAAGGCAGUUUGUGCAUAGUUCUCUUAACAGUUAACUCUACCGAUGCCCAUAUCAUCCACAAUAUCGUAAAUGACAUUCGCAAAACCCAGAAACUGGAAUAAAACGAUUAUGAUUGAGGUUCAAACCAGCGCAUAUGCAGGGAGAUGGGAUUAAAAGAAAUGGCAAGAAUGGUAUACUCUUUAAAUUUUGAGGAGGUCGACUCUGAGAAGUAUACUGUCAGUCAUUGUUAUCGACGGCAUCAGCACCGGCAUCAUCUUCAUUAGGCGAGCUUCUUGGGUUGGAUGGUUUGCUUCUGCAAGUGGAGGAAGAAAUAAUGGAGGGAUUGAACCAGCCAUUUCUUUCAGAGAAUGAGAUCCAAGCGACAGUGGCACCUCCUCUUUCACCUUUUCUUUUAAGGAAACUGUAUCUUGGUCAUUUCCUUUCUAGGUGGGGGGCUAGAAUGUGGGAAUUCUCUGUCGGUCUAUACAUGAUCAAUAUUUGGCCUGAUUCUUUGCUCUUCGCAGCAUUGUAUGGUGUGGUAGAAUCUUGUUCCAUUGCUUUAUUUGGUCCCAUUAUUGGCAACUGGGUGGACAAAAUGUCGUACAUAGAGGUUCUUCGAAUCUGGUUAUUUACCCAAAAUUUGUCUUUCAUGAUGGCUGGUGGUGCAGUGUUCAUUCUACUUACAUACAAUAGUCUAAAAUCUGCUCAGUUUUCCAUUUUCAUUGGACUUAUCAUCUUAGUCAAUGUUUCGGGAGCAGUCGGCGUUCUUUCAAGUCUUUCUGGAACAAUUUUGGUUGAAAGAGAAUGGAUUGUUGAGAUGUCAAAAAAUCAGCCAUCUGAUGUCUUGGUGGAGCUAAAUUCUGUUAUACGGCGAAUUGAUCUCUCCUGUAAAUUAUUGGCCCCUGUUUUUACUGGCCUUUUGAUUAGCUUUGUGUCACUUGGAGCUUCGUCUUUGGCUUUGUUAUUUUGGAACGUUAUAUCAGUUCUUGUGGAAUAUUGGCUUCUAAGGAGUGUGUAUGAAGGCAUCCCUGCUUUAAUUGAACGUAGAAAAACAAGAACCCAAACAUCUUGUUCAGACAAUUUAUUGGUGAACUCAUAUUCUCCUGAAGAGACUGGAGGGUUGCCAUCACAAAUGGAAACUUCAUUGACAGUGGCAAAAAGCUGGCAUGAAAAAAUUUUCAAGAGAAUUUUGAAGGCCCCUGCUAUUGAUGCAUGGGUUGUUUAUGUCAAACAGACUACCGUACUUCCUGGCAUUUCUCUAUCAUUGUUGUAUUUUACCGUCCUCAGUUUUGGAACACUGAUGACUGCAGCACUGGAGUGGGAAGGUGUUCCAGCAUUCAUAAUUGGCCUUGCACGUGGGAUAAGUGCUGUUGUAGGCAUAUCAGCAACCUUAGUUUAUCCAAUCGUGCAUUCACACCUUUUAUGUCUUCGAACUGGAUUAUGGUCUAUAUGGUCACAGUGGUGCUUUCUGUUAUUAUGCGUUUCUUCCAUCUGGGUUCAUAAUAACCAAAUAUCAGCUUGGAUGCUGAUGGGUGGAGUGGCUGCCUCACGUCUUGGAUUAUGGAUGUUUGAUUUAUCUGUCAUCCAGCAAAUGCAGGAGUCUGUUCCUGACUCUGACCGAUGUGCUGUUGGAGGUGUUCAAAAUUCACUUCAAUCUUUUAUGGAUCUAAUGCAAUAUGUCAUGGGCAUAAUUAUUUCUAAUCCCCAGGAAUUUUGGAAGUUGAUAAUCAUAUCGUUUGCUUCUGUAACUGUGGCUUCAAUGCUCUAUACUUUUCAUACACAGCGUAUCAGCAAGCAUCUUUGCCACUUCAAUAAGCUCUUCAAGAGGUUUUGAUGCAGAUGAGUCCUAGCAGACAAGCAGUGUAUUCCUUUGCGUGGUAGAUUUCUUUACUCCAGAAACUUUUGUGUGUAAAGAUGUACACUACAAUCUCGUGCUGUGUUUGUAGUCCAAGUAUGACCAUCAUACUUUGCAUAUCUGUCACAGUAAGGCUUGCAAAAGAACAAAAUGGAGGGCAUAAAAAAUUUCAGAUUGUGAUACAUUUGCAGGUUGUCCUCGUGCCUAGUACCCAGCUGGUUUCUUACCUGCUUGUGGAAAAGAAUACACUAGCGCAUUCCAUGAUUGCAGAUUCUGUUGCACAUCCUGCAGUUGGCUGGAUGGUUCGCUGGUUACUAGCCUGCUAGAGUGUGUCAAACCGCUCCGUGAUAUUCAUGUGCACUGGUUGUGCACUACACAAGGUAGUCCUCCUAAACGCUUCCUUUUUUCUCCUUAAAUAACAAGCUGGGGUUGGGUAGACCAUUAUUAGAUUAUGCCAACAGAAAUGCAUCCAGGGUGUUGACUUCUUGACCUUCUUCAACUUGAAGGUGCCUAACUCCAUGGUCAAGUAACAAGUUAGAUUGGAAUCUUGCUGGUAGCACGAUUCUGAUGAAUUGCUGUUAGAUUGAAUGAUCCAGCAGUCAACUAAAACAACUGUGUUCUGACACAAACAGCCAGGAACUUGUCGCACAUUGUUGCAUGCAACCACCAUGUAACUAAGAUAGCUGCCUUCACAAAAUUACAGUGUGGAGUGGUUAGGAAGGCAUUGUCCUAGCCAUGUUCUCAGUGGGAAUGAAGAUUGGAUGGCUUCUAGCUUCAUGCAACUCAAGUUUCCAUAUUCCUGUGCAUUUUCACAUGAGAUUUGGCCUUUUUUUGAACCACUAGAGGCGGAUGAAAGAUACACGUCCUUGAAUUGUUUUAUCACUUAUCUACUCAGGCCAAAUGAUUGAUCUCAUUCCACCAAAAAAGAACCUUUUAAUGGGCAAUCGGAAUACCCCAUAUCUGAGAUUGAAGGGUCAGAUCUGAUGCAGGCUUCACCUCAAAUACAUGGAUAUCUAGUGCGGGAAAAGAAUA